AUGUUGAAUUUAAGAACCCAACUUUACAGGGUCAUCUGUUUUGUUGAGCUCAAUGGUGAUUGGGCCCAUAUAAGUUGGGGUGUCAGGCUUUGUAAGACAGCUGCUAAGUCCAGCAUUUUACAACUUGAAACAAAAGGUUUUACACAACCUCUAUAUACGGAGAGGCUUUGGAAUGAAAUGUUGAGGAGUGCCAUUGAUCCAAAGAGGCACUACAAGAAGGGUGAUUCAAAAUCAAGAGCACUUCCCAAAUAUUUCCAGUUGGGCACAGUGAUAGAGUCAGCAUCAGAAUUCUUCACCGGUAGACUUACUAAAAAGGAGAGGAAAGCAACCCUUGCUGAUGAGCUACUUUUUGAUCAUACCCUAGCAGAGUACAGGUAUGGCAGACAUCUAUUCUCCUACAAAUAUUAG